GGCUAAAAUAUAAUGUAUUUUAAAGUUAUUCAAUGGUUCAACCUCGACCAACCCAAUUAGUCCAAUUUUUAUCAUUUCAAAUAUAUAUUUUAUAAUUAUUUGACAUCAUAAUGAUCAAAUUAUAGUGUAUUUUAUAGGGAAUCGUUUGGUAUUUGUUAGUAAAAAACUAAACAUAAAAAUCUAUUUGGUUAUUUUAAACAUUAAAACGAUCCUCAACAUUUUCAGUUCCUUUUGAAUUUAUAUGGUUUUAUUCCCGAAUAAGUGAUGUGCAAAUGGCGAAUUGUAGUCGUCUUUUUUCUUUCACUAUUUUUUUAUUUUCAAAUAGAAAGUUUAAAAGUAAAGAAUAAUUAGAAUUUGGCAUGGGUCGGUCAAACAGGUUGAAUUUCAAAUUUUGGCCCAUUUGUUUUAUGCAUUGCAAAUUUAUUAGCAUGUUGAUGGAAAUGGCUUGGAAAAAAAGACAUAUAAGUUGUAUCUUUGCAGAAAUGUCCUCAAAUGUUUGAAUGCUUUGUGAAUCAGGUUCUGUGACUUUUGUGAUGGUGUAUGUGCUUGACGAUUGCUCGAUGUUGUAACUACUUAAUUUAAGAGUAAAUCUUUUGACUUUCCCUAUGAGUUGUGAUACCAGUUCUGGUGGUUGCAGCAUGUUGUCGUUGUUGGCCUGUAAAAGUUGUUCCGCCGUGAUGCUAAAUACCUUUCUUUCUUUUUUAACAAAUUGUGUAGUAGUGUUAUGAAACAGACCACCCAUGAACGCUACGCUUAUUAUGUUCUGUUCUUACUUCCGGUGGUGAGAAAUUGUGAAUUGAGAAUCAUAUUCGCCUACCGCACUGUGUCUGGUUGGUGGCUGCUUACUGUGCUCUCUAGAGUUAUGAAACAGACUACCCAUGAACUUUACCCUUAAGAGUCCACAACUUUGCGAAAAACCAAAUAUAGGCAAUCAAAGGUGGUGGAUGUGUGAUGAUUUUUUAUGGCUUAAUUGUUUGUGAAUUAGAUAUCUGAUCUUUGUAUGAUUAGAGGGGAUGUUUGCUUAAUAGAAUAAUCCAUUUUAAUUCAUGUUUAUUUUUAACAUGAACUUUAGUAACUCAAAACCUUUGAGACACAUAUCACCUACUGCAUUGUAGCAUUUUGCCUGGGUGCUUCCUGUGUUGUCAAACUUCUUUGCUGCUGAUGCAUUUACACUAACAAGAGAGUUAAGAACCCAUGAAUGUUUCCGUUUGACACAAACAAGAGGACUUAUUCUAAAUCGUGCACUAAAGAUGAUUGGAGGAAACAUCUCUGUUGCAGUUGAUACACUGGAGACCAUAACAAAAGCAACGUAUAACAUCAAAACCAACCAUCUGAACUAUUAGCAUUGUUGCUUUACUCUUUUUUCGUGGUUGAGUCUCCUUCAAAAAAUUUAGUUUGAUUUUAGAAAAUUUUGCUUCUGCAAUCCUGUCUUGCCACCAACGCGUUCAGUAGAUGGAGAUGGCAGAGGCGAAGGCUAUUUUGUGUUGUUGUUGCUGGUUUAGGGAUCGGUUUGUGAAGAAGAGGGAGAAGAGAGGGGGAAAGGGAAAUGCAUGAGAGGGGGAUAACUCUUUUCUCCGACAAAAAUGGAGUGAAGAAAGGAAUUAUGAUCAGUAAGAAUAUGGUUAUCUUACAUAACUGUGUCUAUUCUGUUUGAAUUGAGCUUGGGAGGUAGUGAUAAGGACGAGCUGCAACCAAUUCAUAGUGAUAAGAGUGCUAUGAACUGUGAUCAUGUCUUAUUUCAAGUUAGAAGGUAGUUUCAGUAUAAGGAUUAUUUAAUUUGACAAGUUGUUUCGUCCAUGAUUCUUGGUAGUUUCAGUGCCAUUCUAGCCAUUGUUUAGUCUGUAAUUUUUGAGAAUUGAUGUGCGAGUAAUGACUUUCACUUAGCUUCAACUAUUAUGUGUGUAUUUAUUGGCAUGUGAUAGAAUUCUCUUUUCCUUUUCUUUGCCAAUUCAGUUUCAUACUCUAAUUGUAUCAUUUGUACAUAGGCAAAUCAUGCUCGAGAUGACAACUCGUUGAUAUGGCUGGUGCAAGGAAUGAAGCCAUCAUUAAAAUUUAGACCGACAACGGGGAGGGAUGCCCAUGACUAAUUCAAUGAUGAUUUAUGAUGGUAUGAUAAAAACUGCAGUCUGCAUCAGCACCAAUUUCUAGGCCUAAGUAAAGUUAUUUAACCCAGAACUCUGCUUAGCGCUAAAAAUUGCCCUCACCCAACCUUUAUCCUGUUUGAGCCACUUCUGAAGAGUCAAGAUAUAUUACUAAUUCUCUCCGUUCGUAUUUUCUUAUUGACUUUUUCUGACCCUUUAGGUUGGGGCGGGUCGGGAAGAAUCGGAUUAGUGGGCCGGUCCUAAUCAAGUGGAAUCCCAAUCCCUUCACUCUCACUUGCUUUCUCUCCCAUUCCACAAGUGGGUAACAUACAGUAAUCCGGCCAACGGGCCGGGUAAUAAGCUAGUGUAUUUAUAAUAGUAAUAACUUUUUACAAUGCACGAGCCAAACAAUUUUCUCAAAACUAUGAUCUACCAACAUAUAGGGGGAAUAUACUCCAAAGGUAAUACAUGUUUGGAGGUUGAGAUUCUCCAAAUAGAUGCAUUUGUCCGAUUUGUGUAUUAUCAUUUGAUGUAUUGGUUCAAUGCAUGUAUUAGGAAAAUACUUUGUUUGGAGGGGCAACGAUGAAACAAAAAGUAGGGUAGACAAUCCCUUGUUGGUAGAGAUUGAUAAUCAUAAAUUUUGAGUAAUUAGAGGUGGGCCUAACAAAAAGGGUAAUACAUGCAUUGUAACUCAAAGUGAAAAAAAAAAACUCAAUCUUAUCAUUACAUGUAUUUGCCAAAUACGCCACUUCAAAUCUCAACCUCCAAACGACCCCUAUAAUCUCUUUUCCUUUUUAGUUGUAAUGGAAUGAUUUGCCAAUCAACUACCGCGACAUUCUUAUUGGUCAUUUAUCUCCUCAAAUUUGAUAGGCUAGAAAUCACAUAUGUACAAAGGAACACAACUGUACUAAAUGAUCGAUAAUACAAUAGAGUUUAACACUUCAACAAUCACCUUGAGCUUAUGACACGUCUAUACUUUUAAGCAUGAGGUAUCAGCCUUGUGAGCUUAUUACAUUAACCUAUACGAAAAAAAGAAGGAAAAAAUGGCUUCCGGGUUUUAGCUGUUUGUAUGUGUAAAGAACCCGUUGAUAAGUAAUUCGACUUAUUUAGAGAUAUUUAAUUAAUAAUAAUUCCAAUACCACAUACACUAAUAGUAUGGAAAUCCCUAUAUCAUCGAAAAGCCUGGCUAGCGAUCAAGAAUUGUUAAAUGCACAACACAAUAUAAAUUGGAUGAUAAUCAAUGACGUGUAUGAAAAUUGUGGCGAGAAUAAACAAAAAUUUUAUCGAUAAUAAAGGUUGGUUUGGGUGGAUUAAUCGUUAAUGUGACACUUGUAUAGUCAAAUAACUCGUUAAUUAUUCAUGUGGUAUCUGAGUAGUAAGUUUUCUAAAGUAUCUCGUUUAAUUGAACUGUUCAUAUGUGCUUUUGACGAUAACAAAAAAAUAAAUCGAGUUAUUUCCAAAUACCUUAAGGUAAGAGUUAUUUUUUUGCUCAAGGCUCUAUGAAAUGUGAAGUGCUGAAGGGGCGAGGCGAAACUCUUACCGUUUUGAUCCCCUGUUUUUUCAGUUUAGUCUUUUUAGGCCCCGCAGUUAUUUUCCCUCAUUGUCUUUGUUGGGCUUUGUGUGGUUCAGUUUAAGAUAGGUAAUAGGCUUAAUUGCAAGUUUGGUCACUCGAAUUGCUAAAAAAUUUCACGUUUGCCACUCAAAUUGAUUUAUUCCAUUUAUAGUCACUCGAAUUAGUUGAACGGUCCAAGUUCGGUCACUCUCCAUUAACCUCCGUUAGACUCCGUUAAUGACGACCGUUAAGUGAUGACGUGGCUAACAGAAAGACACAGUCAGCAUAUUUUAACAUUAAAAAACGACGACCCGACCCGCCAGCUCAGCCUUACCCGCCCUGUCAGCCAUUCUUGCCCAACCCGCGAACCAACCCAAUUAAUUGACCCUGAACCCAAACCCGAGACCCAACCUCCCUGAAAAGUAAAUAAAAAACAGAUGAUUAGGACACUUUCCCUUUCCAUUUUCGUCCUCUCAUCCUCCCGCGCCGCUUCUCUACAUCGCACACCAUUGAAGAUUAUUAUAAGAAAACCAAUAGAUUAAAUUUUUUGACGUUAUCCCCUACUCGCAGCCCCGCACCAACCAAAUCAAUGGCCCAUGGGCCAAUGACCAUAAGAAAAUAAUAAUAAUAAAUCAAUGACCGCCCUGUCCACACCAACCAAAUCAAUGACUCAUGGCCCAUGGGCCAUGGCCAUAAAAUCAUAAUAAUAAAUCAACGACCAUGAAAUGAAGUCGGCAACCAUAGCCAUAACUAUAAGUCUAUAGCCGAACCGAAUUUAUUUAAUUUAAUAAUGAUAUAUAGGCGGACUUGGCAUGAGCAGAUCAGCGCCCUGUCCAUUUCCAUCUCUCCCUCUCCGCGGCCGCGUCCCCAACUCGGAAGGGCCACGGCUAUGUCCGACUCAGUCACUCUGUGAACUGCCUCGGUGUCUCGCCUUCUUCCAAUCGAGUUUCUUUAUAUUUCGCUUUCCGUUGAAAUCCAUCCAUUCACUUCCCCAAUCCCCAAAAAAAACCCACACACCCUUUGCUUCUUCCUCCCUCCACUCACUCAUAAAUAUCCCUCUCCGCUCUUAUCCCAAUCUUCCCUCCUUCAUUCCCAGAUCCCCCUCUCCCUUUUGUCUCCCCAUGUCAGCUCCUUCUACUACCGCUCCCCACUAGCUAACAAACCCAUAAACCUCCCAUGGCGGUUCCAGCUGUCAGACCCCAACUCCUCUGCCUCCUCCUCUUCCUCGCCAUCACCGCCGUUCACUCCCGAUUCCUCUCCUCCUCCAUUUCCAACCCGUCUUCCGAUCUGGUCUCUGAUGGCAUUCACGACGGCAUCCAGAACCGUACGAACUCUUACUAUCAUCUCCUCCUCAACUCGUCGGAGGAGCCGGAGACCGAGUCGUGCGAGCAAUCCUAUGGCUUCAUGCCCUGCACAACCACAGCCCUAGGAAACAUGUUCUUGAUUAUCGUCUAUGGCUACCUCAUGUUCCUCGCCGCAACUUACUUGUCCAGCGGCAGUGAGCUCUUGCUCGAGAUUCUGGGGCCUGGGAUUGUCGGGGGUCUCUUCCUCCCUGCUCUCGGCGCGCUCCCUGAUGCUAUGCUCAUCAUGGUGUCCGGGCUUUCGGGGAGUGUUGAGACUGCUCAGAGUCAAGUCUCCGUUGGGAUGGGGUUGCUGGCUGGGUCGACUGUCAUGCUGCUUACUUUGAUCUGGGGGACUUGCAUUCUUGUUGGCAAAUGUGAUAUCAGGGAGACUGAUUCUAUCGCUAUUGAUGGUCAGGACACCAAAGGGAUGCACUUAACUAGUAGUGGUGUCAGUACUGAUAUCUGGACUUGCUAUGCUGCCAGGAUAAUGGCUAUAUCUGUUAUUCCAUUCGUUAUCGUUCAGUUCCCGCAAAUGAUUCAUUCAACUGCUGGAAGGCAGGUGGCUGUCUUGAUUGGACUUGUUGUAUCUGUUUCGAUGUUCAUUUCGUAUUGUCUCUACCAGGUCUUUCAACCUUGGGUUCAGAGAAGAAGGCUGGCUUUUGCAAAGCACAAACAUGUGAUAUCUGGGAUUUUGAAGCAUUUGAAACAACGGUCCCUGGGAAGGCUUUUGGACGAUGAUGGUGAACCUGACAGAGAAGUCAUAAGAAAGUUGUUCGGAACAAUUGACGUAGAUAAAGAUAAUUAUGUCUCGGCAUCGGAAUUGAAAGCAUUGAUCAUCGGAAUUACUUUCGACGAGAUCAAUUUCGAUAGGGAUGAUGCUGUGGCUAAAGUAAUGAGCGACUUUGAUUCAUCACUUGAUGCGAGGAUCGACGAGAAUGAGUUUGUUCAUGGGGUAACCAAGUGGCUUAAUGAGGCAAAACGAGGAGCAGGAUCUAUUACUGCUCCUGAUGCUGGUCCUAGGACAAUGAAGUUCAUAAACGAUUAUCACUUGCAAACAAAGAAAGAGCAUACAUUGCUGGGAGCAGGGGAAGAAACCGAGCAGAGUGAUGAGGUCAUUGAAGAAGUGGAGAAUCCAAAGUGGAUCUCUUUUAAGGCGGUGUUGAUGUUGAUGUUGGGGACAGCUAUUGCAGCUGCAUUUGCUGAUCCGCUGGUGGAUGCUGUUGACAAUUUUUCUGCCGCAACGAGUAUCCCCACAUUCUUCAUAUCAUUCAUUGCUCUGCCUCUGGCCACCAAUUCCAGCGAAGCAGUUUCAGCUAUCAUAUUUGCCACCCGUAAGAAGUUCAGAACUGCCUCUUUGACAUUCUCCGAGUUAUAUGGCGCGGUGACCAUGAAUAACGUCCUCUGCCUGUCGGUGUUCUUGGCAAUUGUUUACAUCAGAGGAUUGGUUUGGGACUUCUCAUCUGAGGUGCUGGUCAUUCUCAUCGUGUGUCUUGUGAUGGGCGCCUUCGCUAGCUUCCGCACCACAUUCCCUCUUUGGACAGCUUCGAUUGCCUUCCUGCUCUACCCAUUCUCACUGGCACUGGUCUAUGUUCUUGAUUAUGUCUUCGGUUGGUCGUAGAGUCCUCUGGAGGCGAAAUGGAUCACUGACUGAAAGCUACUUAUGGAUAGUUUGGUUCUGCCAUUUGAGUUGGAUGUUAUUAUGUAAACUUGAAAAGACAGACGUUUAUGGGUCUUUGAGGUACAUUAUGUUGUGUCGGAGAUGUGAUAUAUAUGAGACGCUUGUAGUCGCAUUACUCGCUGUGAUUUUGGGGCAGAUUAAGCUACAUAUGUAUGGACUUUUAGUGUAUGAACUUAUGUGUUUACCUAAAGACUAUUGAUUAUCUGGAGAAUAAUGUAUGUUCAUGUAUAGAGAAGAUCCACAUUGCGACCGAGCGCCCUAAAAAUUGAGUGAAAUGAUUACGAAUUGCGAGUUGCAAACAAGUGAUAAUAUGUUGUGUCUUGUUGCGUCGCAUGACAUGAGUAAUGUCGCAACUAGUUAGUGAUGAACAAUUACAAAUUGGUCCGUUCUUUACGAGCAACGAUUACCGUUCAUAUCGAGACGAACACCCAAAGUAAAGGUGGCUGGGUGAG